AUGGGUGCUCCUGGUGCCUACGCCGGUGCUCCAGGCUACGGUGCUGCCCCACCUCCCUCUGGCCCUCCCCCUGGUCUUGGCCCUCUCUUCCAAAGCUACGGGUCUGCUGGAAGCCCUCCCCCGCCUCCGCCACCAUCUGGCUCCGCGCCCCCUCCGCCUCCUCCGGGUGAUGUCCCUCCUCCUCCUCCGCCUAGCGAUGUCCCGCCCCCACCGCCACCUCCGGCUUAG